AGUCGCGGUGUGCUACCGCAUGGGUCAUGUCGAUAUCAUCCUGGUGCGCGGCUUUGGAUGAGCAGUAGUUGAGUUUAGUGUAGUGUGGUAGCGUAAGGCUCAGGCAUCGCUGCUGCUUCCACCGCUCUCAGUUAUAGUAGUAAGGUUCUAAAAUUAUCACCGCGAUAGUUAUAGUCGUAUCACACUCACACAUAUUCAAUUAUCCGAUCUAAGUGAACUUAGCAAAGCCGGAGUGGUUGUCUUUAAACGGAUGUUAAACCUAAACAAAAAGUUUAUUUAGUUCUUGAGGCAACAACAACUACUGAGACACCCACACUGUUUAUUUCGGCUGAUAGAUUGGUAGAUUGGUUGUUCGGAGUAACAAGUUUCGGAAAGAAAAAGAAGGGUUUUAAAAACCGAGGAUGGCGGACGAAGAUAACACGUGCGAGGACUCUAUGGGUCCUAAUGAUGCUACUACUGCCUUUGCCAAACGGCUCAGGGGUCGCAAGGGUGCGUUGAAGAAGAAAAAUGUUUAUAUGAUUAAGGAUCACAGUUUUAUGCCCCGGUUCUUCAAGCAACCCACUUUUUGCAGUCAUUGUAAGGAUUUUAUUUGGGGUUUCGGAAAACAGGGAUACCAGUGCCAAGUUUGUAGUUUUGUAGUUCAUAAACGGUGCCAUGAGUACGUUUCAUUUACGUGUCCUGGUGCUGACAAAGGAGCUGACUCUGAUGCAGCGAAAACGGCUCACAAAUGGGAUGUUUUCACGUACUUGACGCCGACUUUCUGCGACCAUUGCGGCUCAAUGCUCCACGGUAUUGCUCACCAGGGGCUCAAGUGUUCAGCAUGUGAUAUGAACGUCCACAAAAGGUGCGAAGAGAGCGUACCUAAUCUCUGCGGAUGCGAUCACACAGAACGACGUGGCCGUAUUGCCCUUCAUAUAAUUGCUGCUGGAAAUAAACUUACUGUUGAAGUUCAGCGAGGAAGAAAUCUUAUUCCAAUGGAUCCAAACGGAUUAUCAGAUCCUUAUGUGAAGCUUAAAUUAAUUCCCGACACGGACGGAGUAAAAAAAAAAACAAAGACAAUCAAAUCAUCUUUAAAUCCGGAAUGGAACGAGACAAUCACUUUCGAUCUGAAAGCCGAAGACAAGGACAGGAGACUCUUAAUAGAAGUCUGGGACUGGGACAGGACGUCGAGGAACGAUUUUAUGGGUUCAUUGUCCUUCGGUAUUUCGGAAUUAAUAAAAGCCCCUGCCAACGGGUGGUACAAGCUGCUCACGCAAGAAGAGGGAGAGUUCUAUAAUGUCCCUGUGCCCGAGGAAGGCGUCGAUCUAGCGGAGCUUAAAUUAAAAAUGAGGAAAACUUCAGUUACGAAGAAAACGCCGACACCGCAAGACAGAGAAGUACCUCACAAUAUGGGUAAAAGUGAUUUAAUAAGAGCCUCGGACUUUAACUUUCUUAUGGUACUUGGAAAAGGAAGUUUCGGUAAAGUUUUGCUGGCUGAACGCAAGGGUACGGAUGAAUUGUACGCGAUUAAAAUAUUAAAGAAGGAUAUUAUUAUUCAAGACGAUGAUGUCGAGUGUACGAUGGUGGAGAAACGUGUUCUUGCAUUGUCGCACAAGCCACCGUUUCUUGUACAACUUCAUUCCUGUUUUCAAACCAUGGAUCGGCUGUACUUUGUAAUGGAGUACGUAAACGGCGGAGAUCUUAUGUUCCAAAUACAGCAGUGUGGAAAAUUCAAAGAGCCUGUAGCAGUAUUUUAUGCGUCUGAAAUAGCCAUUGGACUUUUCUUCCUUCAUUCUCGCGGAAUAGUCUACCGUGAUUUAAAAUUAGACAAUGUCCUGCUGGAUCAGGAUGGGCAUAUUAAGAUUGCCGAUUUUGGAAUGUGCAAAGAAGGCAUUACUGGCGACAGAACGACCAAAACAUUUUGUGGAACACCUGAUUACAUUGCUCCUGAGAUAAUUCUCUACCAACCGUACGGAAAAUCAGUGGACUGGUGGGCGUACGGAGUAUUACUGUACGAAAUGCUGGUAGGUCAGCCGCCAUUUGACGGGGAAGAUGAAGAAGAAUUGUUCGCAGCAAUCACUGAUCACAGCGUUAAUUACCCCAAGAGCUUAUCCAAAGAAUCUAAAGAAGCUUGCAAAGGCUUUUUGACUAAAAAUCCAAGCAAAAGAUUGGGAUGUGGGCAUCGUGGUGAAGAUGAUGUAAGAGGACACGCAUUUUUCCGUCGAAUUGAUUGGGAGAGAAUUGAAAACCGGGAAGUUCAGCCGCCGUUUAAGCCCAAAAUCAAACACAGAAAAGAUGUCAGCAAUUUCGACAAACAAUUUACGUCCGAAAAAACCGAUCUCACACCAACAGACAAACUUUUUAUGAUGAAUCUGGAUCAAACAGAAUUCAUGGGCUUUUCGUAUUUAAAUCCAGAGUACAUUCAACAUAUUUAAAUAAAUUUAUUGGAUUAAAGCAAGCAGAACAAUCACCACUAUGGUUAUUAUUAUUAUUAAAAUUAAAAUUAAUAAAGAAGAAUAGUAUUAUAAGUCAUAUAGGUGACUAUCAUCGCGUCGUUAACCCCAAAUACUUCUCAAUAUUAUUAUCAUAUAUGUCUAUAAAUACAUAUAUUUUAAUAUCUAAUCAUUGUCAUUUUUAAAAUAUAAAUACAACUGUUAUUAUGUUCUCUCUUUUCUCCUCGCUUAGUCAAUAAUUGGCAACUUCUCUCAGCUAUUUUUCUUUAUUUAAUUAAUAAAUUUUUAUUAAAGUCUAAAAAUAUCGAAAGUAUAAAGAAAAAAAAAAAGAUGAUACUGGAUAUAAUCCUAGAUUAUACUCAGUGAUAUCUAGAGUGAAAAAAAAUUUCACAUAAUAGCUAGUAUAAUCUAGAUUAUACUGAGUGAUAUCUGGAUUAUAAUCAUUAUAAUCUGUAUUAUACUCCGUAUAAUCUUGGAUUACACUCCGUAUAAUCUUGGAUUACACUCCGUAUAAUCUUGGAUUACACUCCGUAUAAUCUUGGAUUACACUCCGUAUAAUCUUGGAUUACACUCCGUAUAAUCUUGGAUUACACUCCAUAUAAUCUUGGAUUACACUCCGUAUAAUCUAGGAUGAUAUCCAGUGUCAUCUUUUUUUUUUUUUUUUUCGUUUAAUU